AUGUCUAUCCGAAUGACAGCUCAGACUCGCUGUCGGAUGGAAGGUUCUCCAAAUCUCUCGUGUGCUGGGUUAGGGAUUGUAUUGGGGCACGGUGCCCUUUAUCCCUUGGAAGGAAUGUGGUCUACGAAAGUCGUCAAGACGUUCGCUACACUUCUUAACUCAGUUCACCACCCCCACCAAGGAGGCAAACGUUCUUCCCCUGCAGGAGGCGCCUCUGAUUUGCCCUACAUCUCAUAA